UAACGACUGCUCCCCGCGAUAGCUGGUGGCCUGCUUUCGUUCGCAUUUGGAGACAAAUUGUUCGGUUUUCCUCGCAAUGUUUGUGGUGGCACGCAUAAUUAUGCGACGUUAGGCCAAUAUUCCUAUAAACCUCAACAUCCAGAUCCAACAAGUGCAAUUGUUUGGCUGUGUGCCUUUCAACAUGUCAUCAAUUCACACCCCUCCAUCAGCGUCGCGUAGCCUCGAAGCGGACGUUCACUCCGUAACGUCGUCGUCUCUCGCAUCCCGUGCCGACAGCGCCAUCCAUAGUAUGUAUUCCGAAACGCAAAGCAGCGUCGACUCCACGACAGACACCCUGUACAAAAGUAAACUGGACAUGUCCGGGAUGUACUUAGACGCUGGGUCCAUUGAUUCAGAAAAGGAAUCGGGACUCCUGUACGGCGAGCAACCCACUGUCGAUUCAACGAUUCCCCAACACCAUCUAUCGACGAGGGAUAAUCACGAUAAACCCGACACAUCGAGUGACAUGGUGAUCGAACUCCAAAACAAAUCGACGGACGACGACGAUGACGAAUUUGAAGAGGGAAACCAAUCGGACGGCAACGAGAAUCCAAACGGCGCAGAAAAGGAAAACGGACAGUUUUACGUAUCGUCAGAAAGUUCCAAUUAUUCGUAUUAUUGUUUAGUCUGCGGGGACAAGGGUUCUGGGUAUCACUACUCCGUGUAUUCUUGUGAGGGGUGCAAAGGUUUUUUCAAGCGUACGGUCCAGAAGAAUCUGACCUACGUCUGUAAGGAGAAGAAGGAGUGCGUCAUUAAUAAAAUGACGAGGAAUAACUGCCAGUAUUGCCGAUUCAUGAAGUGCUUAGAAGUCGGCAUGAAACGAGAAGCUGUGCGCGAAGAUCGAACCCCUGGUGGCAAACAUAAGCAUAAGAGAAUUCGAUUGGACGAUGGCACACUGGUACCGUGCUUCAUCUUGGACCCAGUGCAAGACAGCAUCGAUGAAAAGCUGCUCAAAGAGUUGACAGAGUUAAAACCUGACCUGAUACCCGAGGUUGAAGGUGGCGCCUCCGAUCUUGAUAACAUGACCAUCAACGACCUUAUGCAGUAUGGCUAUGAAGAACUACGGCUAAUUAUCAUGUGGGCGAAGAAGGUGCCAGGUUUUCCACAGCUGGCACUUGAAGAUCAGAUGGCCUUGCUAAAGAGCUCCUUCAUGGAGCUUAAUGUAUUGCGUUUGGCAUAUAGGUCUCUGGAUACACCCGACCAGGUCCGCUUCUGCGAGUUCAUUUCGAUGUCGUCCGAAGAUUGCGUGAAGAUUGGCUGGGGCUUCGACCUCAUCAACGCCACCUUGGAUUUCGUCAACAGGCUGAAGGAUGUCAUCGUGGAUAGGACUGAAUUUUGUGUGAUCAACGCACUGGUUUUAACUUAUCCAGAUGCACCUGGUGUAAAAGACAAAGGAAGCGUCACGGCUUUACAAACAAAAAUCCUCAACUGUCUCCGCCGAUACACAAUCAACACAUACCCGACAGAGCCGAGACGUUAUGGGAAGUUGUUGCUACGGUUACCGGCUCUCCGAACGGUCAGCGCCAAAGCCGCCGAGAAAUUCCUCAGCAUGACUGUGUCCGGUACGGUGAAAAUGACGAACCUCGUUAAGGAGAUGAUGCUUUGAACGCCACCUAUUGGUGUAGUGUAUAUUCGGCAGUUUUCAAAUGGGCGAUUUUGACUUGGGAGGUCGAUGGUGAUGUCACAAUUGCAUCGGUUUGUGGUGCUGGUAGGUGUGGUUGGUCUAUGUGUCAAUACCUAUGAAAGGAGGUGCAAAUUUUCGUACCUGGGACGAGGUGGUUGGAACGAAUGCUCAGUAGGCUGCUGGGCAAAUGUAAGGGUCGGUUCGAAUUGACCAACCACGAGACAGUUUGUAACUCGAAGUGGAUGCUGAGAUUUUCUCUGUUUUGCCGGGGAGGUGACCAUCUUUGCCUGCGAGGGAAAACAAUUCCAUUUGCCCAUUGGCUAAACUCAUCACAGUUAGCUCAAAUAACAUUUUGGGAAUUGUGGCAAUUUCAGCCUUGGGGCCAAUUUCCUCCCCCCGCCCCACCCACUUUACUUUGUGGUAUGCCAAAUAUGAUGAGUAAUUGCUUGUCAAAAAAGUGUCAAAUUAGAAGAAAAUGGAAUUCAUAUUGUGUUGGUGGGAGGUUUUAUUGGAAUGAUUUCAACAUUUUAAAGAAAAUGUUCGUCUGAACUGGCCGCUUCUUGAGCAAUUUAGCUAGACUCACGAAUGACACAUUGAGUUGAGGGAGACUUUAGUUGGCAGUGAACGACAACAGGUGGCGCUGAGGCCAGAUUGAGUUGUACAGACCGCCACCCUGUGAUGACAUAAUGAACUAGAGUGUAUAAUAUAAUAAACACUUAACGGUGGCCAUAGGAAUCCCUAUCCAAGAUGGUGGAUUAAUCCAUUUUUAAGAUUGUGCUUUAUAUUUUUUAUCACAAGGAUUUUUUCAAUGUAUGCGAUACAUGAUAACAAGGAUGGGCUGAAUUUGCCGGCAAAAGUCGUCUGUGGACUUUGAUGUUGAAGUCGCGAUAAGAGUUACAAAUAGUUGCUAUUUAAGGUGUUAUAUUGUAAAUACUUAUAUAAAAAUAUUGAAUAUGUAUCAUUGUAUCCAGGUGAGGAUAGAUGUUAGCAAGGUGGAGAUUUGGCACCACAUUCCCCUCGGGUUUGCCUCGAUUCGAGGUAGUAUUUCCUCGAAAUAUCAUCCUAUUUCCGAGCUAAUUUGCAGAAAAUGCUAAAAUUUCACGUCAAAGUCACAUUCAGAUGGCUCGAAAAUACUUCCAUCUUAUAAUGAUCCAAUAAAAAUUCCGUAGCAAAAGUGUUUGGAGAACUGUGAUGUCAUUUCCACGAAAUCCAACCUCGAACUGAGGCAUGCCCUCGGUAAAUGUGGUGCUGCCCUCGGUACAUGUGAUGCCAACUUUCCAGGGUGAUGAGGACACUUCUUAUAAUUAUACCAAUUUCAUAUAGACUCAAUCAUGGUUAUCCAUCUUGUUCAUGGGUGUAAAAUCAUAAAAACAUUUUCCUUCAGAAUUUGGCCGCUAAGUCACAAUCAUGUUUUGUCCGUUCUGUUAGUAUUCAAAUAUCGUCCUUCAUGAAUUUGCCGCAAUCAUGAAUAUCAGUAGUUUGCCGCUAUUGACCAAUAUUUUAGCUCCACCCGGUUUUGGUGAGACAAUCAAUACCGACAGUGAGGUAUCAAUUUCUAUUCUAAAACAUCUCAAAUUAAACAACGAAUAAUGUGGUUUUAAAUGCUUUUUGACUGCUUCCACAUUUUGCAGCAACCCAAGCGGUAAUGGUUGCCUAGCCCAAACCGCUGAAUUCAAAACAAGGCUUCAUUGGUGUGUCGUGCAUUUACACUGUAGAAUGGUUCAUUCUAAACCCAGUUGUUUUAGAAUAGUCCAUUAAAGUUUAUUAUUAGGGGUACUGGUAGGCUUUGGUUGCACAAUGCUUUUUGAAGCACCCUGUAUCCCAGAGACUUCAUUUAUAAAUUGAAAAUGCAUUAUGCUUUUAAUAUAUAGUCUGCUGUCUUAUCUAGCUUAUUUGAACUUGUGGAAAAUUUGAGACCGUCAAAAAAAAAAUUCCAUUAUUUUUUUCUUGAAUUACUGGUACCAAUAAAAUCACAAAAAAUUUCGCCUCGGUGCUUUUGGAGAUGAGGUUCAUCCAAGCACCAACUUGAUAAAAUAGUCUCGCUUUGCGUGUGUGUGUGCGGUUGGUCAGUGAUUGCCUGAGGUCAGAGGUCAAACGAUAGUUUGUGUUCAAACGUCUCGAGUCGAGGUGAGUCCGCCGUCCUGUUUUGAUAUGAAGUCGUGAUAGAUUGUCCGAUGUUUAAAAAAAAGUAUCCUGGUUUACUUAUCAAUUGACUUGUUCAAACCAGUUAAUAUAUUUGUGUUUCGUUGUGUUACAGUGCUGAAAAAGUCAUGUCAUGUUAAUUUUUUCACUGUGGGUGACGUGCAUAGCAUGUCAUGUGCAGAUGAUGUACAUGUCAUGUGCAGAUGAUGUACAUGUACAGUGCAUGUCAUGUGCAGAUGAUGUACAUGUACAGUGCAUGUCAUGUGCAGAUGAUGUACAUGUACAGUGCAUGUCAUGUGCAGAUGAUGUACAUGUACAGUGCAUGUCAUGUGCAGAUGAUGUACAUGUACAGUGCAUGUCAUGUGCAGAUGAUGUACAUGCACAGAGCAUGUCAUGUGCAGAUGAUGUACAUGUACAGAGCAUGUCAUGUGCAGAUGAUGUACAUGCACAGUGCAUGUCAUGUGCAGAUGAUGUACAUGCACAGAGCAUGCCAUGUGCAGAUGAUGUACAUGCACAGAGCAUGCCAUGUGCAGAUGAUGUACAUGUACAGAGCACGUCAUACCCUUCUAAAAUAUUUAUUCAUCAGCUUUUGGUGGCAACCUCUCUAAAUACGCCAAACACACUCGGGGAAAUUCAAUUUUAUUGAUUGAUAGUGUGUAGGUAUUUGGCUCCUGAAAAUCCGCAAAUAGAAAAAUUGGCACGGAGUUUUUCUUUACAAAACACGAAAUUCGUCCAUGAAAAAAAAGGAAUUUGGUGUUUUGCACAUUUUGAGGUGUCUUUUGGGUUUUGAGCAUUUUUUCAUAGAAUUUGCAAAAAAAACAAAAAGGAUUUGCAAAAAAUGGAUUUUUGGGGCCUCGUGUAGGUAUUUAUUUCAAAGAUGUUAUGAAGUUAUGAAAAGAUUGUAAUUCAUCUAUUCAGAAUGAAUGUGGAAUUUUUAUAAAAACAUGCUGAUUUAUUAGGGUUGUACGCUGAUCCUAAAGUCUCUAACUUGAAAGGAGCAGACCUUAGGAAUGACGCCUAGUGUAGAUAAAACCGCAUGAUGUAUAAGGCUUGCAAGAUAAAAGGUGUUAAAUUCCUUUGACCGGUGAAGUUGUCAAGAUUGUUGAAUUACGAAUGAAAAGUAACUAGGCAUCUCUUCAAGACAAUAAUGGCGACUGCCUGAUUAAAUUCUCGGAACUUUUGCCCACAUUUCUGCCGUCUGUGUCUUCUAAAUAUAGCAGAAUGCUCAGUGGGCUAUUGGCGUAACUACGACGGCUGCUGCGGGGCCGGUGGUCUCUGCGGUAAUCAUGGUUAAGUCAAGUGAUUAAAUCGAGUAAUGAAAUCAAGUUCAAGGUGUAUGUGUAUGUGUAUGUCCUUAUGAUAUUAUUAAGUCAAAAUCCUUGUUAAAGGCAUAUGCCGUUCGUUAAAAAUUUGAAAUUUGUAUUUGAAUUUGAAAAUUUCCAAAUGCUUUCAACUGGUUUGAAAUGGCAGGGUAUAGCGCUGCAUGUGCACUCCUUGGGCCUUGGUUUCUGAAGAAAGGUUUCUAGAUAAGCCGUGGGAGUACAUGUAUAGUUAAGCGCUUUGAUACAGGUUACACAACACUCUAAGAUUAAUAACUGACAUUUCAUUUCUUUGUUUUAAUAUGCUUUUUAGACAAGACGUGCCACCAAAGGUGUCAGGCUUACUCUAGAUGCUUACAUGCUUGUUGUCCAUCAUCCUAAGAUUCAGUUUUUUUCAUAUCGACAGGCGGAGUACAGUAGAACCUCUCUAUUAAGGACACCCUCGGGACUGACAAAUUAAGGACGCCCUCUGGACUGACAAGUGCUGUCCUUAGAGAGGUGUCCUGAUUAGAGAGGUCAAAUUGAAUGGAAACAAUUUGGGACUAAAACUAGUGUCCUUAAUAGAGAGGUUGUCCUGAACUGAGAGGUAUCUGCUAAGGGAGGUUCCACUGUACAUGUAUAUUGAAAACCACUGGUCCAAGGAUGGAUGUCCUGUAGAGCGCUGAGAGAUUGUUUAUAUUCGAGUAUCAGCUGCAUGUAUUUAUGUUGAAUAAAAUACACUGUUGCUAUUUUUAUGUGACCGUGAAGAGAUUCCCAUUGGCUGUGUUAACGUGAAUUUUGGUUCCACACGCGCGCAUCGGGAAAAUUAUAUUCUUUGCUCAGUGUCGAACCAGCCCAAUCGCAACAAAAUGCUCAAUAAUCAUACCUGUACUUGGUAUACAAGCACUGACCCUCAAUGUAUUGACAUUGCUCAGCGUCCACACAAUGCACAUCAGUAUGGACUUAGGAUACAAAGGCAAUACCGCUGGAAGCUCAGUGGUAUACCAGAUGCAUCUGGCUAAUGUGCAUUUCGUAAGGGAUAAUUUAGGUAUGUAUGCCUCUGGGGAGGUCCGGAAAAUCAGAAAAAUGUGCGCACGUACUUAAAGGAACCCUAUAGGCUGCAGCUUGGUAUGCUAGAGAAUGUUACAAUAAGAUGCCCAUAGGGGUCUCUUCCAUCUCAUAGUAUGUCGAAACUAUUCACGCUGUAACAGGAAUGUAUUUAGUUCUGAAUCAAACUUGACUCAGUGCCCUGACUGUCAGGGCACAGGGUCAAGUAGACUGUGCAUAUAAGUCACCAGAAGAUGGCCAAUUCAAACCCUGCUCCUGCCCAUAGUUGCCCUUUAAAGAAACAGUACUUGUGCAACAGAUUCUCAUGUAAGAAUAGCCUGCAAGAAAUAGUUCAUGGUCAAGUAAGAAUAGCAAUACUGGUUUCGCAUAAAAUAAGGCAUUUGUGAUACUGAAUACUGUAUCCUAUCUCUGAGGGGUUCGUUUCAUAGCCAUCCUCAUCGAAAAUGAUAAGAUGUUGAAAAAAUGUGUCUGUUAUUAUUGUGAUAUGCGCUGUGAGCAUUGUGAGCAGCAUGGCUAGGAAAUCGACAGUCCCUUGGAGAUGAGUUCACAGUAAUAGGGUCGAAUUUGUUGUUGUUGUCUUCAACCUAAUAAAAAUGUAUAUCUUAUA